AUGGCGUCCGAAGUGAACUGGAAAGUGGGUUUGUUUUGGCUGCUGAUAAUCGGGCUGUGCUUCUUGGCGGUACCAGUGCGUCGGACGCCCGUUGAGGGAGACGUUAAAUCACAAUUCGAUGAGUAUCUUCAAACGCAUCAGAAAACUUACUCCGCCGAUGAAUACCAGACGAGGCUCAAGUACUUCGAGGAGAGUGUAAAAAGGGCUGAGAAGAGGAACAAGGAUUCUGAGCAUCUCGGAGCAUCUGACAAAGCGCACUACGGCGUAACGAAAUUUUCAGACAUGAGUCCGGACGAAUUCAAGAAAAAAUACCUCACUCGACCGCUCUCGUUGAUUUCGAUCCCACGCCCCGCAUUCAAUGCGACCGAUCAUCCGAUUCUGCGUCUUGGUGCUACUGAUAACUUCCCUGAUAAGUUGGAUUGGCGUGACGUUGGAGUUGUGACUGCUGUCAAGGAUCAGGGAGCUUGCGGUGCUUGCUGGGCUUUCAGCGUUGUAGAAUGCAUCGAAUCGAUGGAUGCAAUUAAAGGCAGAUCUUUGAAGAAACUGAGUGUGCAACAGGUAAUUGACUGUGCCAGAAAUGGUAACAUGGGGUGCCAAGGUGGGAAUACGUGUACUGCGGUGCAAUGGAUGGUGAAUUCUGACGUUCCAAUUCGCUUGGAAAGUAAUUAUCCAUUGACAUUAGUCGACGGAACAUGUCCUUCAGCCAAACCAAGCGAUGGAGUGCAAGUCGAGUCCAACUAUACGUGCAAUAGCUUCGUGAAUCAAGAGAAUCAAAUCAUCGCAAUGUUGAAUACUCUGGGGCCUCUUUCCAUUGCCGUGGAUGGGACGAGUUGGCAGGAUUAUUUGGGAGGCGUGAUACAGUUCAACUGUGAGACAAACUUGAACCACGCCGCCCAAAUUGUCGGCUAUGACCGGACGACGAAACCGGGCUAUUACAUUGUGCGGAAUUCCUGGGGUCGGGCUUUUGGUAUCGAUGGAUAUUUGCACAUCAAGAUCGGGAGCAACUUGUGUGGUACGUACGGAUUGCGAUUUACAGUGGGGCCCCAGAUGCGGACGAAUUGCAAUGGAGGUUGUGGGGCUGUCGGUCGUUUGAGUCAGGAAGUGACCGUUUUUUGUUAUGAGAGACGUACAUUUUUUCUCAAGGUUUGUGAUAUGGAGGGCGGUGAUUGUUCUCGCGGUGCGUUUUCUAUGAAUCAUUCGCUCAAUGAUUGUGAUACGCAAAGAUUGCUGCGAAGUCAGCAUAUCAAAUUCUUCCAAAGGAUAUUGGGAGUGAAUCCGAGCAGUGUAUGUUUCAUGGAUGUCCAAAGGGCGUUAGUUUUAUUUUUUUCUGUUUCGGGAUUGGACCUUCUGGGCGCAUUGGAUUCCGCUCUAGAUCCUGAUAGAAAACAGGAGCUGAUAAGCUGGAUUUACUCACUCCAAAUUCUUCCGAAUGAUGAUUAUGUUGAUGCCGGAGGAUUUCGGGGUUCAUCAACGUAUGGAACGUCAGCUAUUGUUCGAGAUGCGGAGGAUCAUCCACUGGGAAGGUUUCCUGCUCACAACUUGGACGAGGAUAAUUUAGCUAUGGUCUAUGUAGCACUUACCACACUUGUAAUUCUGGGCGACGACCUGAAGCGUGUAAACCGUCCUGCGAUCAUCAAUUGUAUCAAGCGUUACCGUCUGCCCGAUGGGAGCUUUUUUGGUGGACCAAACGGCGGAGACAACGAUAUGCGUUUUGUUUACUGUGCUUGUUGUGUUUGUGUGUUGAUCAAUGACUGGUCUGCGAUGGAACCAGAAAAAACGAAGGAGUUCAUAUUGAACUCCCUGAGAUUUGAUGGUGGUAUUGCUCAAAGUCCGGGGAAUGAAUCGCAAGGAGGAUCCACGUUUUGUGGCGUGGCAUCUCUUUUUCUAAUGCAAGAGUUCGGUGGAUUGGACUGUGCGGAUGAAGUGAGAAACCCCGACACUUUACAUGUUCUCACGGAGCAACAGAAAAAUCGCAUGGUGUUGUGGUUGCUCCAAAGACAUGUUCAAAAUGGAUCACAAGAGAAUCGAGGGGGCUUUUGUGGUCGACCGGAAAAAGAUUCUGAUACGUGUUACACCUUCUGGAUCAGUGCUUCUCUACAGUUGUUGGGGAGCUUGGAUUUCGUACGGCGAAAAGAUUGCUUCGAUUUCGUGUUGAGUAAUCAAGAUCAAUUUGUGGGUGGAUUUUUCAAGCUUUCUGGAGGAGAUCCAGAUCCCUUGCACACUUAUAUGAGUUUGGCCGGUUUGUCACUUUUAGGCUACCCGGAUUUGAGUUUGUUGAAUCCAGCGUUGAAUAUUUCGCAAAGAGCUUUCCGGUGGCUUCAGAAACUUCACAUGUCCUGAUGUUUUUUUACUUCACGUUACCUGCAGAUCUAGUUAUUAGUACUGUACUGUACUUCCAUCGUUCACGCUUUGAUCUGGUAAGUUGUUUUUAUCAGUUUUUGUGAGAACAGCAUUUCAAGCUGUUUUUUGUUGCGGGAUCAAGCGUUUCUGGGAAACAUACCGUCCUGCUAACACUUCGAAAAGAAAUAUGUCUGCCGAUUUCCGUCAUUUUACACAACGAAGUGAUUUUUAAUUUGAAGGAAAUGCGGUUCGUCGGGAAUCUUGGAGCCGCUGUGUUUUUCCCCUUUUUUUAAAUGUGAAUUUAUAAUUCCAGUUCGAAUUUUUCAUUCCUUUGAGAGGUACACCUGUGUUGAGAAGCAUGGUAUCGUAUUUUACGAUUCGUCAUUUUUCACUCUUGUGUGGUCGUGGGCAUUUCGGAAAUGGAAUAGAAUUCCGCCAGCUUUUCAGAAUUGUUUUCGUUGUCGGGCAAUAUUCUUAUUAUAUUUUCAGCUUUGGGAAAAACAAGAGCUAUAUACAAUGCA